CCCAGCCAAAGUGACUACAGCCGCAUCAGUCGAUAUCCUUUGGACGAGACGUGACAAGCCCGUAUUCACAAAUAGAUUACACAAUUUAACCAACCUAUUGCACUAAAUGCUGAGGGUUAACGGGGGCGGGAAUUAUAUAAAUUGCGGUACAUGUCUCGAGCUGAUGUCGCUUUGUUUGCUUGACCAUCCUUUCUAACUAUGGUCGUUUCAAACUCAAAAAAGAAUAUUGAGGGUUGUAAACUACCGGUAAAACUACCGGACUCAGACUUUUUCCAUAAUGCCGAGAUUUUGGGUACCCGUGAUGUAGGUGAUUGUACAUACUAUUACGUUCACUAUGAUGACUAUAACAAACGGCUGGAUGAAUGGGUUAGUGCAGAUCGCCUCGACUUUUCUAAAAUAGAACGACCACUAAAAAAAUCGACAAAAGAACCCGUCACACCUGUUUUCAGCUUAUCCUCCGCUGAGGAUGAAGUUAUUAGUUCAGCGGAGCUCCGAACGUUGGAUUCGGAUUUGAACCCUCCUCUGAAAUAUCGUAGCUCCAGCUCCUCUAGUUUGACUCAACUGAAAAGAAAACGACCACCUGACGAUAUCUAUGAAGGACCCAUACAUUUAACGCUACAGAAUGACGUGAAUGAUCUUGUGUUCGAUGACUCUCCAACGUCAGCUGGGAAACCCAGGCAGACAGGCAGUAUGGUUUCUAGCCACCAUGAACAAGAUACUGUUACGAGAAUGAGAAAUCUGGAAUGGAUUGAACUAGGAAGAUAUCGAAUUAAACCAUGGUACUUUUCUCCAUAUCCACAGGAAUUAGCAAGUGUUCCGUGUGUAUAUAUAUGCGAAUUCUGUCUGAAGUAUUUGAAGAGUUUCACAUGUCUGCGCAGGCACUUGGCUAAAUGUACACUAAGAAAUCCUCCCGGAAACGAGGUUUACCGCAAACUGCCCCACAGUUUUUUCGAAAUCGAUGGACGUAAAAAUAAAACUUACGCGCAACACCUUUGUCUACUUGCGAAACUGUUCUUGGAUCACAAAACCUUGUAUUAUGAUACAGAUCCAUUCUUAUUCUACGUUCUUUGUGAAAUAGACUCUCGUGGUUACCAUCUAGUUGGAUAUUUCUCAAAAGAAAAAGAAUCUUCUGAAGACUACAAUGUGGCAUGCAUCUUAGUGCUUCCACCUUUUCAACGAAAAGGUUAUGGAAAAUAUUUGAUUGAAUUUAGCUAUGAAUUGAGCAAAAUUGAAGGUAAAUCUGGAUCACCUGAAAAACCGCUAAGUGAUUUGGGUCUAUUAUCUUAUCGUUCUUAUUGGGCUCAAACAAUUCUUGAAUUGUUACUAAACUCUAAAGCAACAGAAACUGGUCAGGAUCCAGCAUUAAGUAUAAAUGAUAUUGUUGAUAGAACAUGUAUUAAACGAGAUGAUGUAAUUGCUACCUUAUCUCAUUUAAAUGUAUUAUACUAUGUGAAAGGACAACAUGUUAUCUAUUUAUCACGUGAUCUUAUACAAGCACAUCAAAAAGCUAUGCAACGUCGUAAUUUACGUGUUGAUGCAAAAUUACUUAAUUGGAAAUCAAGAGAUUGGAGUAAACGUGGUCGAUGGUGAGGUGGUUUUUUUCCCACUGGAGGAAGUGAAGGUUGGCGGAGCACUACAUUCACAGGAAAAAUGUGUCAUAUAUAUAAAUAUAUAUUCCUGUGUGUAUUUAUGACGUUUUCCCUUCGUAUCAGUUUGUCAUCAAUAACCAUCAAUGAAUAGUUAGCUUUCAUCAAUGUAAUAUAAAUUAGAUGAAGAAUACAAUAAUUACUAUGUAUUACUAAUUGUUGGUUAAAUGUAGUGUGAUACACUAUUUAAACUAGUUCAGAUCAUGUUUUGAAAUGUGAAUUGUUCAAUAAAUUACUUCUAGUUGUAUUUAUGUUUAUGUAGAUGUGAAACAGGUUUUGUGUUAUUUAAUUUAAUAAAGAAAUGUAAUAAUAAUAAUAAUAAUCAGUAAAUGCUUCUAUUCUUGAACUCGUCAGCUGGAUUUACAUGCAUCUCAGAGUUAAUGUUCAUUCUGGGACUCGAACCCAAUAUCGUUCGCUUUAAACGUCAUCACGUUAUCCACUUACCUGUUGAGUCUUGAUAGUCACUUGCUUAUGCAAUGAGGUGACGAGUCCCAAAUAGGAUGAAACGCGCGUCAAACUGGAUUUCAAUGCUAGUCAAGAUUAAUUCAAAUAUGAGUUCUACGUCUAAUAGCAACCGAUGGUUAGAGACCCUGAAUGACAUGGCUCAAAAUCGUUUGCAAUGGCGCAGGUGCAUCCAUUCUUUGUGUUCUCACAAAUUUUGGUCUCCUUAUUCCUCCUUCUCUUUUUUUCUCUUCCCAAGUUUAUUUCACUGUAUUAUACUCUUUAAAUAACAUCUCCAAACACUAAUUUUCCCGAUUACUGCUUAUACUCUUAUUACCUCUACCACUACGGGAUUUGAAUCGACCACUGCAUCUCUAUGCUAAUGUGGUGUGGCAUCUCGAACUGAUGUACGUACGUAAGAAGUUCUACGUUGUUACUGACUGACUGACUAAUAUCUCUGGAAGAGUUGUGAUUGUAUAUUGUCAAGUGCAUUAUUUAAAUACUGUUUCUGAUGUUAACUUGAUCAGUGGGCUAAUUAUUUCUUUGAAAUCAUUCUUUUAACUGAUUUAUCCUAUUGGUUAGAACUACUGUUUGUUCAACUGAGUUAGUGUUCAUUUAUCAACAGGAUAUUUUUUUCAAAGAUAGUCAUGAUCGGUUACUGGCCGUUUAACUAUUAGUUAAUCGUGCAGAAAGUAAAAGCUAUAUAUGAAAGCUUUUCGAAUAGAAUAAUGAAAAGUAUCAAUAUAGGGGUUUUCGAGAUUAUUGAACUGUGAGGACAGUCCACGGGUGAACUCGAGGAAGCCCUAAGAAACUCAGAAAGAUCUGAAGAUAUUCGAUCCAAUCAUCUUUUGGAAGAAUACCCCAGAAUCGCUACGUCGAGCUUCCCUGUUAGAGGACUAUAAUGAUGAUUUCGUUUUUACUAAAAACUAUAAAUACCUG